AUGAAGAAAGUGACAGAUUCUUAUGUUGAAGAGUUUUUACCUUUUAAAAGUGAUCCGGAUUUAUUAGAAGAUUAUAUUAGUUCCGAUGGCGCCAUUAGAGUGGGAAAGAUCUUUCCGGACCUUGAUUUAUUAGCAACGAUUAUAGCAUUUAAACAUUGUGAAAAUGAACACGGGAAUUCCUCACCUUUAACUAUUGUUACAGCUUCUGUUGAUAGGUUAGACUUAAUAAAGCCCAUACCUAUCGUUGAUAUUAGACUUUCUGGUAAUCUAAAAGAACUGGUUAUUGAUUAUAUAAUGAUAAAAUAUAUAAUUAAUAUUAAAUUCAAUAUAGUUUUGAUUAAGAUGGAAUAUCUACAAGAAGGGGUUCUAAAAAACAUUCAACCAACACCAGAAGUUGAUCGAGAUGCUCUUUCAAUGUGCAAGACAAUUUUGAAUGCUCGAUUUACUAUGGUAGCUCGAGAUCCUUUUACGGGCAAAGCAGCACAAGUUAACACAUUACAAUUGGAAAACGAGCAUCAAAGAAAGCUUUUCCAAUUGGGCGAAG